GGGGGGAGCCUCGCCCGGCCCCCCCGGAGCUGCGCAGGCGAUGCCCGCUGGCCCCGGGUCCCCCCCGCUCGCCGCCGCCGGGACGCCGCGCCGGGACGGAGCCGCCGGGACGCCGCGGACGAGGGGCGGCAUGGCCGGGGGGGGCUGCGGGGGCGGCUCGGAGCCCCGCCGGGGACCCCACGGUGCUGGGUCCUGGUGGCCGCGGCGGCUGCUGCUGCUGGCCUGGCUCAGCCUGGUGGGCACGGCACAGGACCCAGCCCUGGGGACACCAGCGAGGGUCCCCGAGCCCCCAGCCCCUGCUCGGCCCCGGGGGUCCUGGGGGUCCUGGGGCCCCUGGAGCUCCUGCUCCAGCUCGUGCGGUGACGGCGUCGCCCUGCGCAGCCGGAGGUGCCUGCGGAGCAGCGAGGAGCAGCCGUGCCAGGGGGACCCGCGGCAGUACCGGCUCUGCCAGCUCCAGGGCUGCCCCGGCGGCUCCGUGCCCUUCCGGGCCAUGCAGUGCUCCCUCUACAACAACCGGCCCGUCCUGGGCGCCUCCGCCCGCUACCGCUGGGUGCCCUUCCACGGAGCCCCCAACCUCUGCGACCUCAACUGCCUGGCCGAGGGCCACAACUUCUACUACAGCUUCGGCCGGGUGCUGGACGGCACCCGCUGCGGCCCCGGCUCCCCGGACCUGUGCGUCGGCGGGCGCUGCCUGAGCGUGGGCUGUGACGGGAUCCUGGGCUCGGGCUCACGCCCCGACGCCUGCGGCCACUGCGGCGGCGGCCACGGCUCGUGCGUGCUGGUGCACCGGCUCUUCCAGGGCUCGGACCCCUCCUCCGGAUAUUUGGGAUACGUGAAUGUCACCAAGAUCCCGGCCGGGGCCACCAACAUCAAGGUGACGGACAAGAGCCGCAACUACCUGGCGCUGAUGGCGAGCGACGGGCGCUACGUCCUCAACGGGGACUGGGCCAUCGCCUGGCCGGGGCCCUACGAGGCCGCCGGGACCCUCCUGACCUACAACCGAGCCCCCGACGGCACCGAGAGCCUGGAGGCGCCCGGGCCCACCCGCGACGACCUGCACGUGCUGGUGCUGCUGCAGGAGCCCAACCCCGGCAUCGAGUACCAGUUCUGGCUGCCCCGCGGGCACCCCCAGCUCGGUGCCACCAGCCCCCUGCGGCAGCCGCAGCCCCGCGGCGCCGGCAGCCCCCCGCCCCCGGAGCCGCCGCUCAGCCCGGCCCCCGCGCCGCCCCCGCAGCCCGGGGGCUCUGCCACGGAGACACCGCCCAGGAGCGCCCCCGGCCCGGGCCAGGACGGGGCUGCCGCAGGGCGCUGCGGGCGGUGCCGCCAGCCCAAGGGGCGCUCCCAGCGCAUCCAGCACUUCUGCCAGAGCGACUUCGUGUUCCACGGGCUGAUCCUGGCGCAGCUCGUGGUGGGGCAGGAGACCCGCUACGAGGUGGAGGUGAAGGGCCGGUACCGGCAGCGCUUCCCGCUGGUGGCCCGGGAGUACCUGUGGGUGCCCAACACCUGCGGCUGCCCCGCGCUGCGCCCGGGCACCGAGUACCUGCUGAUGGCGCGGCGCCACGUGAACCACGAGCACACCCUGAACCGCCUCCUGCUGCAGGAGCACGGCUACGCCCGGCCCUGGACGCCCCGCCAGGCCCGCCUGGUGCGGGAGGCGGCCCGGCACUGCCCCCACCCCCGGCCACCCUGAGCCUGCCCCGGGGUCACCGCCCCGAGGGCGAUCCGGGCACCGGACCCUUCCCACGCAAAGGAAACCCCCCUCAAUCCAUCGCGCCGUCCUUGGGGUCCCCGCGUGGCAGCGGGGAGUGGAGGGGGGGUGGUAAUUUAUUAUUUUUGCAGGAAAUAAAUUGUUUAUCCCCUCA